CGCCUGCAUGGUGCUGCCAAGUACAAGAAAAUGAUUCAUGUACCUGAAAUUGGCGAUGCCAAUGGCUCUGCCACCGACCUCAAGGACGCCGCUUUGGCGAUGGUUGGCGAUACCGCCCAAGAGAUUGAUCCAGCUAUAGCUAAAAGAGUGCUGCGAAAAAUUGAUUUGUAUUUUAUGCCAGCCAUGUUGAUAGGUUAUGGCAUGGUAUAUUAUGACAAGGCCAUUCUAGGGAGUGCUUCACUUUUUGGUAUGACGACCGACUUGUCUUUGCAAGUAAUUGACUAUUCAACUUCUCCGGCGUCUGUCGAUACAUCUCGCUUGAGCUGGGCAACAUCCAUUUUCUACUUCGGGAUGCUAGCCGGUCUUUAUCCUAUCACCUUCACCUUGCAGAGAUUCAACAUUCGAUAUGUUCUUGGUCCUGUUGUUCUGCUUUGGUCUAUCGUCUGUGCUGCCACCGCGGGUGUGACAUCCUGGCAAGGCCUAUUUGUACAACGUUUCUUCCUUGGAUUUAUCGAAAGUGUCAUCCCGACUAGCUUUAUGACUGUCGUCAGUGGUUAUUACACGCAAGAGGAACAAGCUCUUCGUCAAGCCUGGUGGUUUUCUGGUACAGGCUGGUUCACAAUCAUUGGCGGUGCACUUAACUACGGGUUUGGUCAAAUAACGGCAGGCCAUUUAACCCGUUGGCAGUACAUAUAUAUCUUUGCUGGCUCAUUGACAUUCUUGUUCGGUCUCUGGUGCUGCACUCUACCAAACUCCCCGGUUUCUGCUUGGUUUUUAACUCCGGCGGAGAGAAUGGUUGCCGUGGAACGGCUACGGAAAGGACAGACCGGGAUUCGGUGCCAAAAGAUCAAGUUUGAUCAAAUCAAAGAGUCCUUCACUGACCUCAAGAUCUAUUUGGUGGCCAUAAUGAUGGCAGCAGCGUACACUAUCAAUGGUGCCAUUUCAGGAUUUGGCCCUUUGAUUGUUUCCACGUUUGGAUUCAACACUUUGGACUCCAUCCUUUUUCAAUUUCCAGUGGGGGCGGUUUGUGUGAUCUUCAUCCCUCUGUGCGGGUACAUUCCAACCAUUGUUCCCAACACCCGUAUUCCAAUGCUGAUUAUCUGCUGUCUACCCGUUAUUGCUGGGUGUGUGAUGAUUUGGAAAUCAAAAUGGGGAUAUCAGCCAGCUACUCCAGUAAUCGGCUAUGCGCUCACGGGAUUCUUUGGACCAGUCGUCAGCCUCAUCAUCACGGUUGGCGCCAGCAAUGUUGCGGGGGCUACCAAGAAAUCUGUAAUGGCCGCCACUGUUUUUGUGGCAUAUACGAUUGGGAAUAUAAUUGGACCACAGCUAGUCAACAGUGGAACUAAAGCCCAGCAUUAUCCAGAGUUGUGGACGGGCAUGGUGAUAUGCUAUUGCAUCACUAUAUUCGCCGCCAUGAUCCUGUAUGGGCUGUUGUGGCGGGAAAACAGACUUCGUGACUCGUUGGACCUAGAUGAAGUGAACCGUGACAAGAUUGCCUUCGACGAUCUCACUGACAAGCAAAACCCCUUUUUUCGAUAUGCCCUUUAA